AUGAAACUUUGGCUUACUGCAACUUUCUUUGUAAUUUUCGCGCAAUGCACAGCGAAUGGGGCCAACAUUACCAACAACACACAUGUAGUUCGCGCCGACAAAAACGGUGAGACAGUUGUAUGCAAUCAGUACAUUGGACAGGGCGCUGAAACUAGCGAGGCUAUCAAGAACCUUGAUGAAAAACUAUCAAAAAAAUUAGACCAGCUAAUUAAACUGCUACAGCCUUCUCCUACUCCAGCAAAUCCUACUCCAGGUAAGAACGUUUUCUCCACAAUUUAUUCUGACACACAAUGCAGUUUCCUANUUACUUAAUAACCCUACUGGAAAAUUUUCUAGUCUCCCCACAAGCCAAAUCUCAGGUCAAGAAGUGAGACAACCUCAUACAGUUUGAGUUACUCUCACGUUGAAAGGAGUUUUGGAGAAAUACUGAAGUGCAUUGCACCCAUUUACCAGGUUAUUGCAAUGAAACUUUGGCUUACUGCAACUUUCUUUGUAAUUUUCGCGCAAUGCACAGCGAAUGGGGCCAACAUUACCAACAACACACAUGUAGUUCGCGCCGACAAAAACGGUGAGACAGUUGUAUGCGUUCAGUACAUUGGACAGGGCGCUGAAACUAGCGAGGCUAUCAAGAACCUUGAUGAAAAACUAUCAAAAAAAUUAGACCAGCUGAUUAAACUGCUACAGCCUUUUCCUACUCCAGCAAAUCCUACUCCAGGUAAUUUUUCCUCCAUGUAAAUGUAAGUAUUGUCAUUAGAAGUGUUGUAACCAAAAAAAAAGAAAAAAGAAAAAUUAAAAUUAAAAAAAAGAACGUUUUCUCCACAAUUCAUUCUAACACACAAUGCAGUUCCCUAUUUAUUUUGUCAUGAAACUAAAAAGAUUCUAACCUUAUUCACACUCACUGAAAUGUGAGGACAUUCAAUUUGACCAGUGACAAAGACAUUUUGCAAUUCGCCUUAGCAAGUUUUUGGUUCUUGCCUAUGUAUAUUUUUGGCUGAAUUAGUAGUAGUGCAUAAGCAAUUUAAGGAAGCCGACGGUGUGGUAAACUAAAACAUAAAACUUAAUGCUAACGGUAUCAUUGAGAUAGGGUCCUUUCAGUGUUGCCUACAAUAAUGUAAACGUGUUAAUUAAUCAACGGCCGUCUUGCAUUCAGUUUUAAAUUGUUCCUUGUACGUGGUCUUGAUAUGGCUAAUAUAAUUUUCUAAUUCUCAACAGCUACAACGUGCAAGGAGAUUUACGACAAGAAAUUUUACGUAUAUAGAAGAUUUACGAUACACUAUUCCACUUCAUUUUCAGAAACACUUUUCUCCUUUGUAGACACGAAGCUAAGCCUUAAAAUAUUAUCGCCAAAAUCUACUUUCGUUCAUCAGUCGAGACAAAACGAAAUUUCCAAGGCGCGAGUAUACUGAAAUGACGUGUACUAUUGCGUGUUGAAAAAAACGGAGAGAAUUGAGAUCCACCAACUACAAAUGAUCUACACUUUGUUUUUGGCUUGACAGCACAAGGAUUUAUAUAUCAAAUAAUCACGAAAACUGUUUUAACAAAAACUAAAGUUACUGGGUAAACAUAAGAAAACAACACUAAAAUAAAUCGUAAAAUACAGUAUGUCUUUAAGGACGCGUUUACAUGGAGGUGGGGGACCCCAGGUAGGUGAGGUAACCCACUUAGGUGGGGUGAAACAAUAAACCUCCUUUACAUGCAAUCUUACAACCUGCCAUCCCGGGGUGCACUUUGUCAAGAUUAUUGAAUGGUCGCUAAGCACGUACACAAGAAAUAUGCUGGCAAACCACGUGUUUUGGCGUUUAAUGCUCUUCAACACUCACUUGUUGCUCUUGCUGCAAAAUUCAGUGCUGUGGCUUUCUAUUGUUUCCUUUAAUAAUGAUGCAAAGCCACCACCAAAGUGAAUUUUGCGCGAAUUUGAUGUAUCACGAAUCCGAGCCCGGCCAGGCGGGUUACCCCACCUUGAACGUUUACAUGGCAAAAUUUGACCCCGCCUGAGAGGGUUACCCGGUCUGGCAGACCGGGCUACCCGCCUUGGCGGGUCACCCCACCUAUCAUGUAGACGUGAUCAAAUUAAAAUAAAAGAUCAUAUUGACAGGCGGGUGACCCCACCAAAGCGGGUUACCUCACCUACCCUGGGGUCCCCCACCUCCAUGUAAACAGGCCCUAAGAGUCUAGACUUCAAGAUAGCAAAUAAAAACAGAACAAAAUUGUGGAAAUGGAAACAUUUUGGGCAUCCCACUGAUGAACAGUCACGACCUAUUAUACAUUUUCGGCAACAAAAUUUUGGUAUCUGUCUACUUCGAAUUGGGUCAUUCUUUUUGUUGAAUAUUUUAAGAUUAAGAUGACAAAGGGCGGGAAUCGAUCCAGUAUUAAGGGUAAAAAUAAACUAAAAUACCGAUCACUAGUUUUGGGAGAAAAAAGCCACGAAAUAAGAAAACUCAGUGAAAUUACGCUCAAGCUGGAAGGAUAGUUAAGUUAGUCGCGACGCCGGCGCGGUAAAAAAUAAUAAGACGAGAAGGCAAAAAAGACGGUAACGAAGAGUUCUGCCCGUCAACAAAAUCAGUAAUGACAACGUUAAACAAAAUUCUCAAAUUAUUUACAGUCGACUAAACCUUGCGAUUUCUUCAAAGCUCAUAGGAAGUCUUCUCCAUAGGGCAGAUAAUUUCUUUUGGGGAAAGUUCUCAAUUGCCAUUGCGCCCUUAAUAAGACAACCUUCUCUAAUCCCAAAUAAGCGAAAUAUCUCAUAGGCUGAAGUGAACCAAUGAAGUUGUAUGUUUCAUCAGGUCCAAAGGAAACAAAGCAUAUUUGCUUGAUGUUGGAUCCAAAAAGAUUCCCAUAUAUUGUCACAUGACCAAGCAUAUGCUUGAUACAUGCGGAGGAGGUGGAUGGACGCUUGUCAUGAAGAUCGAUGGCUCAAAGGUAUCAAAUUUUAAGUGUUCUCACAAGUAAUUUUGGUCUGGCACCUUCUAAUUCCCACUAUAAACGAUAACUUACAGUGCAAGUCAAGAGUCUAAGCCAAGGGGAGAAAGGGAAUCUAGUAAGUGUAGGUUUAAAAAGAGUUGGCUCAAUGAUGAAUCAAUUCACUGUAAGUCACGAGUACCAGACAAGGUACUAAGAGAAUAAUAUCUGAGGACAAGAUUAGUAAACAACAAGAUGUGACUGUACCAUAUUUGUCGAAAAGAUAAAACUGCAAAGCGAUAGUAAUUUAUAUAAAUGGUGUUUUUGUUUUUCAAAUGCACCCAGAAAACCUUUCACUACAAUUCCAAUCUCUGGAGCAACACAGUCGACUUCAAUCUUCCAGGAGGGAAGACUGGGUUGGACACUCGCGAGACCAAGUUACCGACUUAUUGGAACACACCGUUUAACAAGAUCUGUCUUGGAAUGAGGGUUGGUCACCAGUUCUCCUCUGUUGUCAUCAACUAUCAAGCCAGAUCCCUGUAUUCAUUGAUCGCAGAUGGCAAAUACCGAGCUACUUCACUGGGCCGCAACACGUGGAAGAAGCUCAUUGGGUCUCGGGCCUCUUUACAACCCAAUUGCAACAAGGAAGGAUUCAACGUACUGAGUUCUAGCCGACACAGCAAAGCAAGAAUUGGUAUCUAUAGCAACAGAGAAAAUGACUGUAACAGUUGUGACUCCAGGAUCGGGUUUGGCACUGGAGGGUACCCUAAUGACUCCAAUACGUGUGGUAACGAAGCUGAUAAAGACGGAACAGAUAACGGCGACCAGAGCAUCAAAGCUAUGGGAUACAUCUUGGUUCAAUAA